AUGUCUAUGAAGAAGAUUCAGCAUACGUUCCAGAGCUCCAACAAGGGGAAGGAGAAGCACCGCCUCGACUUCAUCCUCAUGCGACAGACGGACCGGCGUCUCGUACGUAAUGCCUCCGUCAAACGUGUCGAUUUCAAGGACUCUGACCACAACCUGGUGCAUACGACUGUCCGCUCCCCCACCCGUGUCGCACCCAACCGACGAACGCGGGGAAACAGCGGAAGCAGCCGGAUCCGUAUCGACCUCGAACGGUUGAGGAAGGAUGUGCACCUACGGGCCGUCUUCCAAGACAGGGCUCUCAACCGCCCUCCGCCCACGGCCCUCAGCAGGCCAACGGGAGAGACCGCCGCCGAGCUCACCGCUGUGGUGAUGUCGGCCGCUGCGGAGAUCGCGCCGCUGGCGAGGAGCGCACGAGGGAAGGGAGGAUGGUACACGAGCGAAGCGCAGCACGAGAUUUCCGAAGCGUCUAGGGAGAUAAGAGUGGCCCAACAGCAGCUGCGCGGGGCCUCAAAGAACAGCGACUUAGAGACGACCCUGAAGGCGAAGCUCAAGGCGGCGCGGAAGAAACGCAGCAGCGCGAGGUGGAGAGCACUGGAAAAGUUCUUCGAGGGCUAUGUGAGGCAGCUCGAGAAGAAGAGCCGUGAGGGGGACCAGGCGGGUUUCUACAGGCACCUGAAGAUGAUCGACGUCGAAGGUAAGAGGCCACUUACCUCCCAGAACAUCAAGGACGAGGACGGUAAGGUCCUUCGGGACCCCACGCUUACCCGCCAGCGGUGGGCGCGGUGGUUCCACAAGCUCCUUAACACCAGGUCGCCGACCAUCGACCUGCAUGCGACCGACAGAGUCAAGCAGUGGCCCACGUGCGUUCCGCUCGACGACAUCCCGUCUCUAUUCGAGGUUGAGGAGGCGGUGCGGGGAAUGGCCAACAGGAAGGCCGUCGGGCCGGACGACCUACCGGCUGAGCUGAUCAAGCUGUUCCUGGAUGGAGACCGAGGCUUCCUCCGCGAAUUCCACGCCAUCGUCGUGGACGUGUGGCAGACGGGGAACGUACCGCAGCAGUGGAAGGACGCCACCAUCAAGGUUCUGUUCAAGAAGGGGGACACGAUGGAGUGCGGCAACUACCGGGGCAUCUCUCUCGUUGCACACGCCGGCAAGGUGCUGCUUAAGGUCGUUGCAACACGCCUAAGCCACUACUGCGAGCGAGAGGGCAUCCUCCCGGAGGAGCAGAGCGGUUUCCGCCCACACCGGUCGACGCUCGACAUGCUGUUCGCCAUCCAGCGGCUCCAUGAGCUCGCGAGGAAGAAGAGUACUGCGGUCUUCGCGUGCUUCGUCGAUCUUACCAAGGCGUACGAUUCGGUGGACCGAGAUCUGCUGUGGGACGUGCUCGGACGCUUUGGCGUGCCCCCGAAGAUGCUGGCGGUCAUUCGCCACUUCCACGAGGGCAUGAGGGCGCGGGUUCGAACGGACGACGGGCAGUACUCGGAAUGGUUUGACGUCGGCCAAGGUCUCCGACAGGGGUGCAACCUGGCCCCGCUGCUGUUCAACUUGUUCUCUGCCGCGAUGCGCAUGGUCGCAGUGACCGAGUUCGACAAGGACCCCAAGGUGACGGCGGAUAUGAUCAAGAUCGCAACACGAGUGGAGUGCACGGGCAAGAGGGGCAGGUCGGCGGGGAAGAAGGCGAUGAUGGUGACGGUCGCAGAGGCCCUGUGGGACAUGCUCUACGCUGACGACGCGGCCAUCGUCUCGCUCACGCCGGAGAGCCUCGAAAAGAUGAUGUCCAUCAUCGUGCGCGUGGCCGGCCUGUUCGGACUGAUGGUAUCGGAGCCAAAGACGGAGAUCAUGUGCAUGCUACCGAAAGGGCUGGGGGAACGCCCGUUCGCGGUCAGCGCCGCUGGCCAGACGUACAAGCAGACAGAUCGGUUUGUGUACCUCGGACGUACCAUCUGCGCGGAUGGGAAGGUCGACCGGGAGAUCACGAGCCGCAUCUGCCGAGCAUGGAAGUGCUACCGCCGGAACAGCACUUCGAUGUACGACAGGAAACGGGCCAACCGCCAGCUCAAGAUCCGACUACUCCAGGCUGAAGUGGUGCAGACCCUCCUAUACGGGUGCGCCUCGUGGAGCCUGGCAGCGGAGCACUACACCAAGCUGAAUGGGACCCACCGCCAGUUCCUGACACGGUGUAUCGGCUGGAGCAAGCGGAAGCGCUCAGACCGACCCCUGUCCUACGCCCAGGCCCUCAUCCAGGCCGGCUGCGAGGAAACCAUCGAGGCCACCGUGCGCAAACGGAGGCUGUGUUUUGCGGGCUUCGUUAUGCGCAUGGAGGACAACCGCCUCCCCAAGCGCAUGCUGCUGGGAGCGAUGGCGGGGGGUACCGGAUACCGGGGCGGGCAGGAGAGCGACUGGGUGUAUCGCCUAGGAGAGGACCUCGUGGCGUUUGGCAUGAAAGAGGAGAAGGAGGGGGGGAGAUGGAAAGAGAGCGCCAAGGACCAGGAGGCGUGGUACGACAAGAUCGAGGACGGGGCGGCAUGGUUCAUGAGGAAAUGGCACAGACAGGAGGCGGAAGCAUCCGCGAAGCGCCAGCGCCAGCGCGCGGAGGAAGCAGAGACGGAGAGUACGGCCGCCCCGGGCCCGAAGAGAAAGAGAAUCGGGGAAGCGGCGGGGGGGGGGAAGAAACGGCGACCGGACACUGCUGUAGAAGCGAGUAGGGCGGCCAAGGCCGCGCUUGCGGCGAACGACGUACCCAACUGAUGAUGUUGUCGCACCCUGUGUUCCCUUUUCCCUGCCGUAAGCUGUAUGCUCUUAGUAUUGCCUCCGGCCUCUCUUUGUGCUUUUCUUCUUUCUUUCUUUCUUGUUCUCCAUGCCCUCUCUACGAUGAUCUUGGACGAUACCUCGAGCUCCUUGUUAUUUUUGUUUUUUCCUUUGCUGGCUGCCUGCCACCUCUGCUGCCUCUUUGGUGCGGUGCCUACCCUACACUAAUGCGCUGGUGCAUACUGCACUGCUGUAGUACCUGGUACUGGUGUACGUUGUCCUUCGAUUUUUUAUUUUUUUUUGUGGGAAUAUAUAUGUGUUUGUUUUUCGCCCCCCGUCUUGCUGCACCCCCUGGGGUGUGGUGCAGGGCGGGGGAUGCCUGGUCGGCGGGAACCCGGCACGGAACCCUCCGGCGUUGUAGGCGGGUGUGGGAAGCGUUCCCCGUUCUCCUUUUAUUUUAUUUUGAUCGGUCUCCUCGACGCUCUUUCUCGUUUGGUGCGGUAGCUGGUCUUUCUUUCUAUCAUUUUGUUUCUCUUCCAAGUGGUUUUUGUACCCUAUUUUUUUCUGUUUCUUCGUGGGGUCGUGUAUGCCGGGUUUUGAGACCAC